UUUUCCUUCUUCUUCUUCUUGUGCACGUUCUUCUUCUAUAGAACUCGCUGUUGCUUGAGAAGAACCCGAACCCUGAGUCGGGAAUCCGUGGAGGGGGAGAAAGUAGGGGAGAGGAGCAGCGAGGAAGACGACGACGGCGGCAAUGGCGGAUCGAGUAUACCCUUCUGCGAAGCCUAACCCCCAACCGUCCCAGGCCCUCAACGGCGGCGGCGGCGGCGGCGCAGGAGGGGCCCCCUCCUUCCCGCCGACAAAGGGCCAGACGUACAGCGCGACGCUCCCGGCUUACCGUCCCCAGCCGCGGAAGCCGCCACCGCCCCGCCGUCGUAGCCGUCGGGGCUGCUGCUGCUCCUGUUGCCUCUGGCUCACCCUCAUCAUCGUCGCCCUCGUCUUACUCGCCGCCAUCGCCGCCGGCGUCUUCUACGUCAUCUACCGACCCCGCCGCCCCACCUUCGAGGUCGACGGCCUCCGCCUCUCCGCCUUCAACGUCUCGGGCGCCGGCCAGCUCACCUCCCGCCUCGACCUCAACGUCACCGCACGCAACCCCAACGCCAAGAUUGUCUACCUCUACGACGCGGCCUCCAUCUCCGUCUUCUCCGGCGAUGUCGACGUCGGCGACGGGUCCUUCCCCGCCUUCGUCCAGGAAGCGAAGAACACCACCCAUCUCUCCGCCAAGCUAUCAGCCCCCAGCAGCCAGACGCUGGACUCGACGGCGGCGUCGGAUCUGAGGAAGAAGACCAGCCUGCCGCUGGAAAUCGCCGUGGACACCAAGGUGGGUGUAAAGAUCGGGGGUUUGAAGACGAAGAAGAUGGGGAUACAGAUGCGGUGCGAGGGGAUAAACAUCGGCGUGCCGAAGGGGAAAGCUGCGCCGGUGGCGUCCUCCCCGAACGCCGCCUGCAAGGUCAAGCUCCGCAUCAAGAUCUGGAAGUGGACCAUCUCCUAGACCAAAUCACUACUCGCUCGGCAUUACCAUUCCGAUAGCACACGACUGAAAGAAGAAGAAGAAGAAGAAGAAGAAGAAGAAGAUUAGACCAAGGUACGACGUGUAAAAUUAAGGGAAUUAAUCUGGCCAAAUCCGAUAGUUCGACAUCGAUGAAUUGUUGUUGUCAUUUUUCUUGUAAUUGUAUGUGCAAUUUUAUUUUUCA